CCUUUACCACUCAUUCUGAGUCAACCUUCGGCGCGUAUGCGCGUAUCACAGGUUUAUGAACCACCCUUGAUAGUCUCCAUGUUUUGAUGGCACAGCAUCGCACGUAGCCUGAUGUAUAUGUUGCCAUGUUGUUCGAAGAUAUGUUCUUCUCCUUAUGUUCUCCUGCUUUGUAUUUUACUCAGUUCUCGAUGUUUUACCCAACUUUGUUUGUGUCAUCUUGUAUGAACUCUCUGGUAUGACAGUUCCCUAAUGGCGGCCUUUGGCUGGUCAGUCGGCGAUUUGGUUUCUGCCAUUUCUGUUGUUGCAAAAGUAUCCAGAGCACUCAAAGAUGUCGGUGGUGCAGCCGAUGACUAUCGCGAAACCGUUUUAUUUCUGGAAAGUCUGAAUAUAACAUUGACUACUCUACACGGUCUCUAUGAAUCAAACGUUGAUCCAAGUAUUUUAUCAGGUGUGCAGUCACAGCUUGAACUCGUACAAAAGCCCAUCGGUGUAUUCACUGAGAAAGUCAAACGCAAGCUUGACUCGGUUUUCAAUAGUACAAAGAAAGAUAAAGGAGUUCGCACAACGCUAAAGAGGACUUCGAGUCAACUAGAAUGGGCAUUUUGGCUAGAUAAACAGUCUCAGGUGCUGAACAGAAAAAUCCUUGUCCCUUUAACGGGAAUUCAGAUUCAACUUGGCAUUCACAUACACUCUGUGCUUUCAACCAUUGCCGAUGACUUUACCACGAAAGUAGAAAAAAAGAUUAAUGAUGCGUUUCCGCUAUUGCUUCAGCAAAACCUGGCACCAAUAGUAGCUUUAGAGCGUCGUCGUCACACUGAAGAGCGCGAUGCAAACACGGCGAUAUACCAAAAGAUCGAGUCAUUGCCACAAAUAAUCGCUGAUACCGUGGACAUAUCGUUGGAUAGAGCCCAACAAAAAGAUAGUCUUCGUUCAAAAAAGCUGGAGGAUUAUUGCUCAUUGAUCAUUGAGACGAUUGAUAGGGUCGAGGAGAGGUUACAACAAAACAACGACCACGCUGCACCCAACGUCUCUGCAGGCACCGAGCCACCUUCCGAAGGGCCGCAAAUCUCGUCGCUUCUCAUUUCAAAUGGAAAAAUUCGUCGAGCAAACUCAAAACCUGGUGAAGCUCAACAGACUGAAUAUAGUUCAAGAGUACCCGUAGAGUCACUUCUUAAGAGCUUGACCCGGCACACUGCCGAUACUAGCACUCCUGGUGUCUCUGAAUUGAACCAUAACCAGCAGCCGACCCUUGAAUGCCCAUCUGCUGCAAUUGGGCAAGCUUGGGAAGAGACCGCAGUAAAUUUCAGAAAAUUAAUUUCCUUGCUAAUUCAAGCAUUUCAAGAAUAUUUUGUUGGAUUAUGGCCGAUGUUUGCAUACUUGCUGUAUCAGGCGAAACUCAUGCAGAAAUGCAUAUUUCGCCUGCCUAGUCUACUCGCUAAAGAUAAUAUAACCUUCGUAGAUGCUCUUGGAAGAUCUAGACGAAUCCCGUAUAUGACUUACGGGCACUGGGAGACCUUCAACAACUUUGUCCUGGCGGAUUUUCAGAAGAUUCCCGGUGAAAGUCAUGUCCAAAAAAGCCGGUUUGAACUUCUAGCUUCGGAUGGUCUCACUACUCUCAAUCGGUCUAAUUGGAAAUCGUUUGUACUACCCAACGUCGAGAUCUCAAUGGUUGUGAACUUAAGCCUCUCUGUACGUGAUGGCAGAUGUCCGAAAUGUAGAAGGCCAUCUGACAUGACUGUGAAUGGAGCUAUAUCUGCAGGAUUGGCUACUUGUAACAACCUGGAUUGUCAACUGAAAUUCCGAUUGGUACCAUACAUUGAUCGCGAGUCCGAACUUCAAACAACAGUUCAGAACAAAGACUCUAACACUUCUUCUGUUUCUGUUUGGCUCGAGAUCGCUAGUUCUUUGAAAAAGGUUCAAUAUGCAAACCUGAGGGAAAAAUCAAACGCCCUUGCCUUGGCAGAUACAAGAGGAGAUAAUCCUUUUCCUCAAUCCGACGGACCUGAGCCUUACAAACACUUGCUAGGAGUAAAGCGCAAAAAGGACACUGGGUCUUACAUGCCAGAUGAAAUCCGCUCGCACACAAAAGCGUUGCAGGAACUGAAGCAGGAAACCACUGAGUUUGAGCUUUAUUUCAAAAGUGUGCAGUGCAGAAUGUUUUCUCUGGAAUGCGAGAUUUGCGGGUAUUUCGAUUUCAAUCAUAUGCACGAACUAACACGCCAUAUGAUUCAAGCUCACACAUGCAUAUACAGUUGCCUCUUCGACUUUGCUGGCUGUCAGCAUGAGUUUGCUCGCGAAGAUCAAUGGAAAUGCCACAUCACAUCAGAUCACCUCAAUUGGUUGUGCGAUAUAGGUCAAUGCCCAAACGAAAAGGUGCAUCCGAUCAAUCAUUACAACAAAGACGGAUAUUCUGCUAGUAAAAAGAGACACGCUGUAGCACUUCAAAAACGGGCAGAUAGAGCCAAUGCGAUUUUACAGGCUUCAUUAAGGGAGAGAAAAAGCUUACCUUCAAAAUUAAAUUGUCCGGUCAAGGACUGUGAGAUUUCAUUUGAUGGACAAAAUUGUUGGGAUGAUAGAAUGGAUCAUGUUGGAAAGCAUAUCAUUGGCAAUACUAUCGAAAGAGUUGGGUAUUUGUGUUCGAAGCGCUUUUUAGACAACACAGCUGAUGAACUGUUUAUUGCAUGGGCUUUGAGUGAGGGUAUUGUACAAAAAGUCGGGCGAAAUUUUAGACUGGUGAUUCCAGAGUAGUUGGUCUGUGUCUUUCUUUGCAGGGGACCUGGAAUCUGGCGUUCGGUUGUUUGUGAUGGAUAUCAUGGAGAGAUAAAACUUGUGGUAAAGCUUGAAAUCUGCUCAAAAGAUAUGGAUCGGCGGGACGUAAUACCCUGGAGUAUGUAGACAACUCUUUAUUUAUUUUUAUUUGGGACGUCUAAUAAAUGAUUUAACGACCA